UCCCCGUUCUCCAAUGAAACGUUUGGAGUGGCACGUACACAUACACCAAGAACGGCUUCUAUGCAUAACAAACUAAAGCAGAGGCUCAGCUCAGUCACCAAGUUCUCCAAUUCGAAACCCUAAUCUUGAAAACCAGCAACCUCAUUAAAUUUGUGGAGAUAGUUUAAGCAAUGGGCACUGUUGAAUUGGAGGAACAACAGGAGAAGCUUCGAAGAUUUGUGGAUUCAUGGAGAGAUAAAAGCUUUGACAUAUUGAAUGGGCUUGAUGAUGAUGGUUAUGGGACCUCUUCGAUACUCGAUGUUCAAUGCUCAGAGUUGGACCCCAUCCAUGUCUGUGUGGAGCCAAUGGAGUAUGCUUCGAUUCCGAGACUUGUUGAGGCCGAUAAUGUUGGUGUUGCCAAGCUUGUCACCGUGCUUUCCUACAAUUGUUUCGAAAUUUCCAAGCUUUGUAGACAGGCUUCAACAAAUAUUUAUUUGAAGUUGCUUAUGUUUGGUCAUCGAUCAAGUUCACAAGAGAUGCUUUUGGAAGGAGAGUCACAAAAGGCUUUUGGUCACUCUUUAUCCUUGUUCAUGGAAGUAUCCGAUAUCACAUGUAGAGCGAUUGAAGUGAUGGGGAACUUGCUUCAACAACUAGAUUCCAUUUAUUUGCAAGAGCAAAAUCACAGACCAUAUCAAUUUUUAAAAAAUGCUACAUUACAAACUACAUUUUCAACAUUUGGUGAUGGCUUGACAAUAUUCUUGGUUCUCGACGAAAUUUUACAGAAGAAUAGCCAUAUUAGGAGCCACAUGUCUCUCUUCAUGAGGAUGAUUGCGAAGGUGAAAUUGGACCCAAAUAGUUUUGAUAUAUCAUUGGAGGAUCUGGACUACCUUGACCAAGUGGUUAAUCAACUUGAAAAGUCUUUCCAUGAUGGUUUUCUCAAGCGGUUAUUUAAGGAGGACUCAUUGUGGCAUGGGACACUUCAGAAGAUCAAGUCCAACAGAAAGUUUCUUGAUGCUUUGUCUUCAUGUACUUAUGAGGGGCUGUCUGAUAUUUCUCAUCAUUUAGAUACAUGGAAGGAGUAUCCUUGUGAUAGAAAGAACAUGUUACGUUAUGUUGCUCUAUUUGUCUUCAGAUCAUAUCUUUUGGUUGAAACUGUAGAAAAACGUAUGGGAAAGGUGAUUAUUGAGGUGAUUUGUAUGGCUCCUGUAAUUUAUGUGGAGGGGGGCAUCAGAUUUGUGCUUUUGGACUUACUAAAUAAUCAACUUCCUCAGUCUGUUAUCUCUUGGCCUCUGUUUAGACAAACUUCUAGGGACACCGAUGUCAGAAAUUAUGUUGAACAUGUGGAUUUUAUAUUUGGAAGGGAUUGGCAAACAAUGAGAGAUGCAUUAGCAGGUUGGGUAGCAUCCUUUCAUGCAUAUCCCAUGACUGUGUUUUCAAGCAUUGAAGGAAUCCUUCGCACUUAUUUUAGACAAACUAUUCAGGGAAUACUCUUGGCACAUAGAUUGCAAACCAUAGCCAUGUCUUUGCUUGACCUACAUGCAUAUUUUGAGGUUCCUAUCAAGAGAGAGAAAGCAAAGUCUCUUUGCCACAUACUUGUUCUAUUGAAAGUGGUUGAGAACACUUUCUGCAAGAAGAUACCUGAUAUUGUUCGAAGUUUGCCUCAUAUCAUACAUCUUGUUCAAGCUGAUAUAGAGCAUUUUCUUCUUCCUGUCAAGGUUCCUAUCAUUGUUUUCAUGUUCUAUAGUUUUUACAGACCGACACGAUUUAUAUUUUUUGAUAUGCAGGACGAGUUGCAUUCAGAAAUUGCCAAAGGAGGCCACUCUAGCAAGUCAAGCUUUUUGAGCUCUAUGAUAGGGAGGGGUAAGGAUAUAGAUAUAAGGAUCACUGAUUCCCUUUCUUUGGUUUUGAUAGCACUGAAAAUGCUACAAGGAGGGGGGAAUAUUAAGAGGCUAUGUAUUGUUAAUGUUGCACUAGAUAUUCUCCAAAGCAUAGGUCACGUGGACAUGAACUAUCCAAGAGUUAGAAAGCUGAUUUCUAAGCUGCAUAUGGUUUCUGAUUUUCAAAGAGUUGUUGGCGAGGUAACAAAUUGCAGCUUCUUGUACUGGAGAAAAGAAAUGAUGGGAACUUGGCUCCCUAUGGUUUACACAGAUGUCAACAAAAUUUCAUGGUUGCGGUUUCUUCUUGAGGCAUUCUGUGAUGGGCUACGGCUUCUUAAAUUUGGAAAUGUUGGUCGGUUGACUCUACGCUCAUUCGAAGGGGAGAUAAAGGAUGCUCUAAAUAACGAAAUUAUGGUUCCUCUUUGUAGAGAUAUUGAAACUGAUCUCCGCCUUCAUGUACACUCCACCCAUAUUAAGGGAUCUGUGCAUGUGAACCCAACAAAGACUGGAGUUCGUAAUCUUUCUUGGUAUCUACGGUUGGAACCUCUGAGAUUACCAUUCAAGCUUAUCCAUAUAAAAUCACACGUCGAGGCAUAUCUUGAUUCUACGUUCUAUAACCACACAGCCAUGUCCCCUUACAACUGGAAGACAUACACAGAAAUGAAGCACUUGGCAGAGCUCAAAUAUGGGGUUGUUUUGGAUGGAAUUCACCUUCCGGAGCGUUCGUUGGAUCUAGGACUUGAUGUUCUUGAUAUUAUGCGCAAUUUACAUCAGUUUGCUGAGUCUUACAUGUACAACAUAAAUGCACAAGUUUUCAUUGAGAGGGUUUCAAGUGAUCAGGGUCGGAAGACUAUAAGGAUUAUCAGUGUGGAUCAUGUUGCCUCUUCUGUAGCCACCCAUGGUUUGGGAAUCAUAGAUACUGUAAUGCAUUCAAUAAACUACUUUCUAGAAGAGAAGAUUGCUUCACUGUCUGAGGUUUUUCAAGAUGACCAUUUUAGAUCGCAGUUAUUGAAAGAAUACAAAUUCUGGAAGAAUGACAAAGGAUAUCUCGACAAAUACCCCUUUUCUCGGGCCGAAGAGCUGAACGAAGCCACUGGAAAAAAGGAUGUGGAGGUUGAAGAAUUGAGCAUUUUGGAACAAGUUUGUUCUCUUCUCACUGAGAUUGGUAAUGUGGUUGGGUUCGCCAAAAUUCUCCAAACAGGAAGUCUUCGUCAUGCCUGUACUAUUUCUCAAACAAGUAGAGAUAUGUGCACAAUGCUGGAUCAUAAGUACAGUUUGUCGGAUCAUGCGAAUUAUCUCUCAAUCCUUGACAAUGCACUUUUUAAGGGCCUCCAAGGCAGUGAAAAGGCCCAUUUGAAGCAAUUUUUCCUUGUAAUUCCAGCUUUAACAAUCAAUGUAGUAGACAGUAAAGUCCAUUAUAAAGACAAAGUAUUGCAGCGGGGGCGUGAUGCCGCAAACCAAACACCAUCAGAUGAUGGCUUCAUGCUUGGGAUUGCUUACAUUCUCAAGCUUAUGGGGCAAGGCGAGUUGUUUGAUGGGCUACACUGGUUUUCUUCCGCAACAAGCCAUUUUGACGAAGCAAUGGCAUCUGCGGUUGAGAGUGGAGGGACAGAGCAACGAAAGGGGAGUGGACUUGCGCUUUUGAAACUUUGGAGCUCCUCGCUUGCUACUGUCUCGUCAAAAACGCAAAAGGUUCUCGACACCAUUAAGCGAUGUAGGAUGGAGAUGGAGCUCAUUGAGUUUGGUGUCAACACUGCAAGAACAAUCUUGUAUUGAUUGAUAUCUACAGUUGACUUCCUCAAGAUGAAGAGGCAAGGAUGUGAUCAUUGUUGGCUUCACACUGGCCUUUGUGGCCCUUGUGCUGAUAUUGUUCUUUCACCUCUAUGAUAGAGAGAGAGCCAUCCCCCGGUACACCCUGCCGUUCUCUUUUGCUGAUGUCUAGGUUUGGCCUAUAUGGUUCAGCGAGCAUCGGCACACCAUAACCAUGAGAGAGAGAGAGAGAGAGAGAGAGAGAGAGACCAGAUUGGGUUGCAUCCAAUUACAUUAUAUCCAUUGUAUUGCUACAAGAUGUUAUACAUACCAUAUCCAGGUCAACCCUGAUCUGACUUGGGAGGUCCUAGCUGGUUCCUGCCUGGUUUAGAUCAAGUGGACCUGGACCCGGUUGAGUCAACUUGCUGAUAAGCAGCCCUACUAGGUGUCGAGAUGUUUCGGAAGAAAGCUCAAUCAAUUUGGUCAUAAAAGAAUACACUCAUAUGCUCGCAGAUAUAAACGUAUAGACCUGUAGGCAUGUGUAUACAUACACAAGUUGAAACCCAUUAAAACAUAUACAUUUACAUGAUAAAGGUAAUGUUCGAGGAAUUGGAUCUCAUCCAAAGACGGAAAUUGUUGUU